CAGCCAGCAAAGAGACACAAUGAGAGCAAUGCGACGGUCACUCCGCAUCGCAGCGGUGCUGGGCAGCGCACGGGCGUUUGUAGCACCUGCCAGCCGGCGCAGCGCAACGAGGCUGAUGGCUUCGGCCAGCGGUGCGCCGGAGGACGAGACUAGAGGCGGCACUGCCUCCCUGGCCGACCAGGUGGCGCGCGCACGCACCCGCGUCCGAAAAGGCCUUCGCGCGCGCGUCGAGAGAGACGGGAGCGUGCUGCGGGGAGAGAGUAAUCUUGCGCUGCGCUGCGGCGAGAGGUCACCGCGCCGCCGAGCGAGAGGCACUACGCGAGAGAGCAUACUUCUGCCGCGUGUCGCGGCGAGAGGUCUCACAUACAACCCCGCGUCGCAGUUCGCCCAAGCGCAAAAGGACGACAACCGGCGCUACCUCGACAUCGCGAGCAUUUUUGAUGGGUCGUCGCUCAAGGGCAAGCGGGUGGCGAUCACGGGCGGCAGCCGCGGGUUAGGAUUGGAAAUAGCCAAGGCGGCGAUGGACGUGGGCGCCGAGGUUUUAGUUAUUUGCCGAAGCGGCACCGUGGACGGUGCGAAAAUCUACGACGGCGUCGACGUCACGGACGCCGAGGCCUGCGCUUCUGCUGCCAAGAAAAUCGUGAGUGAUGGAGGCCCCGUCGACGUCUUGAUAAACAACGCGGGCUAUUUUUAUGGUCCUUGCGAGAAGGUCACCGAAAAUUCCCUGAACUUCGAAGAGGAAUUAAAGCAGAUCGACAUCUGCGCCGUCGGGCCUUUACGGGUCUCCAACGCUUUAUAUCAGGCCGGCGGGCUCGUCGAGGGCUCCAAAAUUGCCAUCGUCACGUCGCAGGCGGGCAGCUGCGAGUGGCGCUUCACGCAGAACAAGGACGAGGGCGGCGACUACGGCCACCACAUGUCGCGGGCGGCCUGCAACAUCGGCGGCGUGUUACUGGCUGAGGAGCUCAAAUCCAAGGGCGUCUGCGUCGUCCUACUCCACCCGGGCUUCAACCGCACGGAGAUGACGAAGAAGUACGAAAGUAUCUGGGACAUCGAGGGCGCCGUGCCGCCGGCCGAGGGCGCGCUGCGCGUGCUCCACGAGGUCAUCCGCGCGUCGCUGGACAAGACGGGCGCGUUCGUGAACUGCGAGGACGGCCUCCGAAUCCCCUGGUGAUACUAGUAAACACAAGUUAGGUC